GUGACGCCGCGGGGCGGGCGGGGCCGCUCUGCCCAGCGGGGCCGCGGGUCUCCCGGCGCGCCGCGGCCAUGGGGAACCGGCUGGCGGACAUGGCGCCGGCCCCGCCGUUCCUGCCGCCGUUCCUGCCGCCCUUCCAGGCGCUGCACGUGGUGGUGCUGGGGCUGGACGCGGCCGGCAAGACGUCGCUGCUGUACCGGCUGAAGCUGCAGGAGUUCGUGCAGAGCGCGCCCACCAAGGGCUUCAACACGGAGCGGGUGCGGCUGCCGCUGGGCCGCGCCCGCGCCGCCACCUUCCAGGUGUGGGACGUGGGCGGGCAGGAGAAGCUGCGCCCGCUGUGGCGCUCCUACGCGCGGCGCACGGACGGGCUCGUCUUCGUGGUGGACUCGGCGGAGGGCGAGCGGCUGGAGGAGGCGCGCCUGGAGCUGCACCGCAUCGCCCGCGCCGCCGAGGCGCAGGGCGUCCCGCUGCUCGUCCUGGCCAACAAGCAGGACGUGCCGGCGGCGCUGGCCGUGCCCGAGGUGGAGCGGCGGCUCGGGCUGCAGGAGCUGGGCGCCGGCACGCCGCGCUGCGUGCAGGGCUGCAGCGCCCGCGACGGGCUGGGGCUGCACCAGGGGCUGCGCAGCCUCUACGACAUGAUCCUCAAGCGCAGGAGGCUGCAGCGGCUCGGCCGCAGCAAGCGCUGAGGGCGGCGGGCGAGCCCCGCUCGGCGCCGCGGCGGCCGGAGGAGCCGCUGCUGCGCGACCCCGAGCGGCGGCCCUGGACUGCGAGUGACCCCGGGUUGCCGGGCUGGGGGGGGCCUUGGCGCUGGAGCCCUCUCUGAAGCCGGGUUGCCUCAUUCUUCACCUCCGUGAGCGGGGCCGGGGGCCGCUCUAGCUGUCCCGGGAGCCCUGCUCUGCUCCUCCCCGCUGGAGCAGUGGGGGCCAAGGCCAGCUCCCUCUGGGGCAGAGGGCCGGGGACCCGGGAGGUGCUUUCUCCCUGGAGGCUUGACUGGGCCACGGCUCCACGUGCGGGAGCAGGGACUGACCCAGCCCUUGGCCGUUCACGCGGGAGCUGCCGCAAAGCGUUCAGCGCCGCAGGGGACAGUAACCGGGAGAAGGGACUGGUCGGUACCUGUGCGUGCAGGGGACCGUGCAGUGAUACGGGUGUUGUGUCCCCGUUUCUCUCCCUGCGUCCCUUACAGAGAGAGCAAAUACGAUGCUUGUGCCCGCUUGGAUUUGUUAUCACAACCGACCUCUCCUUCUCCACCUGCUAUAUGAAAAGGAUUGUGGCAGGACAUGGACAUCGUGGGGAGGAGAGAGGCAACAGACUGGGAGCUUCUCUACAUCCCUGCGAGUUCCUGGCAGAGUAAUCUCUCAAUCAUGUUAGCUGAGACUCUUAGCAGAAAAGAAGCCCUCGAAUGAGCAUGGCUUGGGUUGUUGCAUGCAGUGUCUUUGCAAUACCAAGAGGCUCAAGUCUUCCACACUGCUCAUCUUUGCAGAGACCAUGCGGGAAUGACUUCCUUUCAACAAGUAAAAGUAGGCAUAAUGCAAGCAUAUAAAGCCACCUGUGAGCUGCAGAAAGCAGAUCAGAAGCACCUGUUCUCCGUAUCUCCAGACCGGGAGGGGUUCCUAUCAAAUAGUUUUGCAUGAAAUUUUUGCUGCCACAGGAUGCCAGUGACUCCAAGAAUCAGUGAGACCUGAAGAACAGGUUGAUGCUAAAAGGCUUUGAAAAAGACCUUCAAAUUUCAGGGACAACACUGAUCUCUAGUUAUUGCGUAUGUUGUCCUGCCUCAGUCUGCAGUGUCUGAUCCUGCUGGUUUCAGGAGUGGGAGACCACCUUCAACAGCUCUGUGCAGAGCCUUUUGCACCCCAGCACCGGGGUACUUCUCAAGUCAAUGCAGCCACUGACUCUGAUCCUAGGCUUUCUGCUGCACGUGCUUUCUGCUGAAGUGAAGUACUCUGCAAAGCACAGAUUGUCCUGGCUGUGCUCAAUGGAUAAACUAAUGAUCUGUAGCUGUGCACAGGGUCGGUCCCUGCUCCCUAGGAAGGAGUGUGUAAUAUUGGUGUGUGGCACACUAAACUUUUGUCUGAGAAUAUUCAGCAAUAAAUAAUGGUGAUGCACCAAA